CCUUGACUCAGUGCCAUCUUGCGUUAAUUGAAGACAACUAAAACAUGGAAGAGAAAGGGGACGAGACGAAAGUUGCUGAAGAAAAUAACGAGGAGGCCACACGUUCCCCGGCCUUAGAUGAGAUGUUGGAUGAAUUUGGGAAGGACUAUGCUUCAUAUUUACAAGUAGACUCUAGCAGGGAGAAACACCAAUUUGAAGAGUCAGUAGAAGACAUGCUAACACGUUUGGAUGAAUUCUGUGGACUCGUAGAUUUGAUACGUAGUGACAGUACGUUAUGCUUAAAGACAACGCUUCCCAAAAUUCAAGCCAAAAGUGCAGAAAUGGAGAAAAUGUUUGAGAGGAUAGAUAAACUGGAGUCUUUUGUUUCUCUAGUGAAGCAGAACCUCAAUGCCACGGAGGAGCAAGUGAGCAAAGCCGAGGAUGAGUUGGGAUCAUUUAGUUCCUUUAAGAAGAUGUUGAAUUCAUUCUCUGUGCCAUCUUUUUUGUCUAGUAAGAAGCCUUCCACUCCAGUUAAAGCUGCCAAGGAAACGUACAGUCCACUAGAAGUUAUUGACUGCAAUAACUUUUUUUCUUCAACUACAAGUGAUUCAAAAUCCUCAGGAGGUCAGGCGACCUCUAUUACCCAGUUAAAAGACACAGAGAAUGAAGCGACAUCUAGUGAGGAGCAAAUGGUAGCAAGUAGCACGUAAAUGGAGCUUAAAAAACAACCAAACAAAAAGGAGAAUCCAGAUCUUAUAUUAUCAAAGGGUUUCAUCAAAUAUUUCUUAAUCCCUAUUUCUUCAAGCAUAUCGGUGAAAAAAGGAACAGUUAUCUUGACUAAUUGGGGAAAAAUCAACGAUGAUUUAUUGAUUAUUUAUAUUCAGAACGUUUCAAGUUGUUGAUCAGAACAGGUCUUAAGGUGCUUUUUAAAUUAUCUAUUUAUUUAUUUAUGUUAUAACUGUGAUAUCACUAUGCAUAUAGAUUUUCAUAACUAUUGAUUUAGUGCACAUUAACACUAUUAAUAGACCCCAUUUUCUAUCAUGCACAGUUAUUUUGUCAUAUUAUAAGCAGUUGAGCAUCACUUUAAAAAUGCAAUUCAUAAUCAGAAAUGCUGAGCAUAUAAGUUAAUGAGCGACUAGCAGCACAAGGUUGGAUUCACGCCUCUUAAAUAAGAAUUAUUUUUUCAGUGACGAAGUCUUCAAGUUUGUACUGUAGAAAGAGAAUGUGUGUAGAUGAAUCUCUCGUUUCCUCACUUGCACUUGCAUUCCAGCAUUUAUUAAAAACUAUGCUUCCAGAAUAUCCAUUAUAAUUGUUUAUGGUGAUAAAGUACUUCUUAUAACUAAUUGGAAGUUAGUUUGUAAACCCUUUAUACAGGGGAGCUAUAUUUGCAAAAUAAAAAAAA